AUGGGCAACCAGCAGAGUAGUCACGAUGCGUCACAUGCGCAACCGCACUCGCACCUAAGCAGUCAGCACGCGGCGCCGACGUACCGCACGGGCAGACGCGAGAGCAUCCAGCACACGAUCAAGGCGGCGCAGAUCGCCCCUCCGUCGGCCAGCCUCGAGAGCGCCCAGGCCAACACGACGGCCCACGUCACCAGCCAGCCGCGCGCCGCCCACGACCGCCGCAGUGUGCGCGACCCCAGCCCGGACAGGAUGGGCAACGAGCAGAGCAGCCAGAAGAAGGAGCGGGAGCGGGAAGAGCGACAGGAGCGACUGGAGAGGUGGAGCCGCCAGUCCACGCCCCAGCCUGCGCCCGCGAGCUCGACCUCACCAGCACCUCGUCCCCCACCGCCGCCCGCCAGCACCAGCGCCAGCAACAGCAACAGCAACAGCAACAGCAACACCACACCACCCCAGGCACGGCAACAGCAGCAACCAAAAUCAUCGUCGCCGUCACCACCACCACCACCACCACCACCACCACCACCCCGCCUGCUGCACACUCGUCCACGCCGCCGCCCAGCGAGGCACAUGCAAUCCCCAUCAAUGCCCCCCACAGCAGCCGCACAGAGCAGGCCAUUGCCGGCUCGCUCGACCCCGCCGAUGCCUCGCAAGACUACCUCGUGCCCUCGUCGCACUUCAGCCGCCCGCCGCGUCUGCCCUUGCCCAUCGAGGAGGAGCUGCACACGCCCGGCUCGCCCAUCAUCUCCCCCACCGACCCCGUGA